AUGAUUGGUUUUACCUGCGUUCUUGCUCUAAUAAAACAUUUGAUGUUUCGCGUUUACGCUGAAAAUUUAACACACAAUUACUCUUCUGCUAUCAAUGAUUAUUGUGCAAUUGAUACUGAAGAAAAACGCACUAUAAUGCGGCAACACGCUUUCCUGGGAAGAAUGGUUUUCUACUUUGUCACAGCAAUGGCAUUUACCUGUGCUGUUUGUUUAAUAAUGACGCCCAUCAUUGAAUAUUCUAACAAUGUACAAGUUAAUGCAUCUACUAAUAAGCAUACUUCAAGAUAUCCUGUUCCCUCAGAUUGCACAUGGGGGAAGUUAGAUGUCUCGAUGAGGACAUAUUUGUUGCUUUUUGUACUGCAGUUUAUUCAAAUAGGGAUCAGUUCCUGUGCUUACGUCGGCAAUGACUCACUUUUUCUCGCAAUUACCCUGCAUGUUUGCGGACAAAUGGAACUCUUAAAAAUUGAAUUUCGUAAAAAUUUUGCUAUGGAAACCAAAAAUAUCAUGGAGGAUUUUUCAAAAUUAAUGACGAGGCAUUGUUGUCUAUUGAGGCUUGCUCAACAACUGACUGAUGCAAUAAGUGUGGUUCUAUUAAUGCAGUUCUUCGUCAGUAGCAUUCUCAUUUGCAUAAUGGGCUUUCAAUUGAUUCUGGCGUUGAAAGUGAUUGACGUAGUAAUGAUAAUUAAAGCUACAAUAAUGUUACUUACUUUUUUGUCACAAUUGUUCGCCUAUUCUGUCGUAGGCGAAUAUUUGAAAAGUCAAACAGAAAAAGUCGCAUAUUCGAUUUACUGUUCCAAUUGGCAUUGCUUGUCAGCAAAAUUUAUGAGAAAUAUCUUGUUUAUCAUUGCACGAUCGCAGCAACCCGUUACAUUCUUAGCUGGAAAUUAUCUAGUCGUUAAUUUACCAACUUAUAUGUCUGUAUUACAAACCUCUUUUUCAUACUUAUCUGUCCUACGCAUGAUGGUGGACAAUUAA